GAGCCCAGCUGGGACCCUGCCGUCCUUGGACCUUGGUAAAGGGGACCGAGGGACCAACUGCAGGGCUCUGUCCUCUGCUGUUCAGCCAUGGGGUGGGCUCCUGGCCUCAGGGUCAGCUUGGCUGCCACUUCCCCUCUGGUGAGAUGCAGGUAGUUUGGAGUGAGACAGGAAGUGCUGCAGGAGUCCGCUCGGGUCCAGUGAGGCCUCCGACAGGAAGGUUGAGAGGAAGCAGUUGAUUUGGCUCUUGGUGGCAUCUGGCCUCGGGAGCUGUCGUGACCCUCCACUGUGCCCUCAUCCUCUACCAGCAACCUCCCACUCAUUUGCGAUGCCAAGCAGUGCCGCCACCCAGCAGAUAAUGCUGUCACCGCUCUCACCAAGUCACCAUGGUGGAUUGUGAUGUUUGCUUUCUGUGUUGCUUUUAUGUCUGGCUUUGCACAAACUUCACCCGGCUUCUUCUCCCUCCUUAUAUAAUCCUUUGGAAUAAUUUCGGGGUUGCCAAGAAGAUCCGGAACAUGGUGGCGGUGCUGGAAGUCAUCUCCAGCCUGGAGAAAUACCCCAUUACCAAAGAGGCACUGGAGGAAACUCGACUUGGGAAGCUCAUCAACGACGUCCGCAAGAAGACAAAGAACGAGGAGCUGGCCAAGCGGGCCAAGAAGCUGCUGCGGAGCUGGCAGAAGCUCAUCGAGCCCGCGCACCAGAAUGAGGCGGCUCUGCGCGGGCUGGCGGGCAGCGGCGGCUCUGCCAACGGCGGCGCCCACAACUGCCGGCCCGAGGUGGGUGUGGCCGGCGCACCCAAGACCAUCCACGACCUGAAGAACCGCAUCGACCUCCAGAGGCUGCGGGGGCAUCGGCUGGACAGGCUGGGCAGCCGCAAGCGCCGUGGGGACCAGCGUGACCUCGGCCACCCUGGGCCGCCUCCCAAGGUCUCCAAAGCAAGCCAUGACUCCCUGGUCCCCAACUCCUCCCCCCUCCCCACCAACGGGAUCGGCGGGAGCCCCGAGAGCUUCCCCGGCCCCCUGGACGGCAGUGGGCACUUGGGCCCCGAGGGUGGCCGCCUGGAGCCCGGCGAGAACGACAAGCAUGGCGGCAAGAUCCCCGUGAACGCGGUGCGGCCGCACACCAGCUCCCCGGGCCUCGGCAAGCCCCCUGGGCCUUGCUUGCAGACCAAGGUCGUGGUGCUGCAGCAGCUGGACCGGGCGGACGAGACUCCGGGUCCCCCCCACCCCAAGGGGCCACCUCGCUGCUCUUUCAGUCCCCGGAACUCGCGGCACGAGGGCUCCUUUGUCCGGCAGCGGAGUCCGUAUGCGCCCAAGGGCUCCGUGCCCAGCCCCUCUCCGCGGCCCCAGCCGCUUGAUGCCACGCAGGUGCCAUCGCCGCUUCCGCUGGCCCAGCCGUCCACGCCCCCUGUGAGGCGGCUCGAGCUGCUGCCGAGCGCAGAGAGCCCGGUGCGCUGGCUGGAGCAGCCCGAGGGCCACCAGCGGCCGGCGGGGCAGGGCUGCAAAGUCGGGCUGCCGCCAGCUGAGCCCCUGCUGCCCCGGGCCGGCUUCUCCCCGGACUCCUCCAAGGCGGACAGCGACGCUGCCUCAUCCGGUGGCUCGGACAGCAAAAAGAAGAAGAGGUACCGGCCUCGUGACUACACGGUGAACUUGGACGGGCAGGUGGCCGAGGCGGGUGUCAAGCCCGUCCGAUUAAAAGAGCGGAAGCUCACCUUUGACCCCAUGACCAGACAGAUCAAACCUCUGACCCAGAAAGAGCCAGUGCGGGCUGACAGCCCCGUGCACACAGAGCAGCCCAGGACAGAGCUGGACAAGCCCGAGGCCAAGGCCAGCCUCCAGAGCCCUUUCGAACAGACGAACUGGAAGGAGCUGUCGCGCAACGAGAUCAUCCAGUCCUACCUGAGCCGGCAGAGCAGCCUGCUCUCGUCAUCCGGCGCGCAGACCCCGGGCGCGCACCACUUCAUGUCCGAGUACCUGCGGCAGGAGGAGAGCACCCGGCGCGGGGCCAGGCAGCCGCACGUGCUGGCGCCUCACAGCGCGCCCACGGACCUCCCGGGGCUCAGCCGCGAGGUCACACAGGACGAUCUGGACCGAAUCCAGGCCCGCCGGUGGCCGGGGGUGAACGGGUGUCAGGACACACAGGGUAACUGGUAUGACUGGACGCAGUGCAUAUCGCUCGACCCGCACGGCGAUGACGGGCGGUUGAACAUUCUGCCUUAUGUCUGCUUGGACUGAGCGGCCCGCGGCCUCUCGGUGCGUUCCCACCUUGCAGGCGGCACGGCGGGCGGGCCGCCCCCAGCGCUUGGGAAGCCGGGGAGUCCGGCCCGGGGCGGAGGGCGGGGGUGGGAGUCUCGAGGUCUCUCCGAGCCCUUCCCUCAAAAUUCUCCUUCUUUUGUGAAAUGCUGCUACCAGUUUACUAACAAAAUUGCAAAGGAAGGACCGUGUGGAAGGAAGGCCGGCAAAGUGAGUUCAGAACUCUAUAGCGAACCAGCUAUAAAAAGCAUCAGUCCCCCAGCCCGGAAGCGGUGUGGACACCUCCCAGCACCUGCAGGCUGGGACCUCAGUUGCAGGCAGGCACAGAAAACCUGUGGGAGAGGUCACCUUUUAACACGGCAGCAGAAGCACGCAGCUCAUCCAUUUGCGUUUUCCUUUUCCAAAUUUGGCACCGGGGCCUGUUUGCACGCCCACCUGGCCAGCUUGUCAGCUGCGGCGGGCCCGCUGGCCGGCCACUGUGACCUGCGCUCCGUGGGCAUCCACACAUUUUUAUCUGGUUUCGGUUAAGACCCGGUUUUGAAAAAAAUGCUGCAAAAAUUUAAGUUUUCUAGGAGUUUAUUUUAUCCCCCUCUCCCAUCUGACCAUCAGCCAAAUAAGUUUCCUUUCUUUCUCCCCUUUCGUUUUCCCCUUCUGCACAUAUCUGGAAAGUUCCCCUUUCCAGAGUCCCCUCCCCCCCAAAACCACAGAAGUAACCGCGGGUGCUACUGGUGUGUAAGCUGUACUGCUGGGCACGAGGAGACCUGUCUGUGCGCUGGAAACACUCAUAACCAUUCCUUUAGAUUCGUUUGCCUUAUGGUUAUUUGUCAUAAACGCGAUUUGCAAAAACAAGGAGCCUUAGUGAAUGUACAGUACCUAGACUUCUGUGUUCUCAGGACACAGAAGGGAGCAACUUUGCUAUUUGGUCCAGUAAGUGGACAACUUGUGAUAUAAAUGUGGAAAUAAAAAAAAAAACCAUUUGCACAAACCA